ACCCACUGGACUGACGGACAUGAGCGACCACCAACAGACUUGGUAGUUUUAACAAUAUACACCCACUGGACUGACGGACUUGAGCGACCACCAACAGACUUGGUAGUUUUAACAAUAUACACCCACUGGACUGACGGACAUGAGCGACCACCAACAGACUUGGUAGUUUUAACAAUAUACACCCACUGGACUGACGGACAUGAGUGA